AUGACUCUGACCAGAGGCUCCUUCACCUAUGCCACUGGAGAGGAGUACCAUGGCGAAUGGAAAGAAGGUCGGAGGCAUGGCAUCGGCCAACUCAAGUUCCAGGAUGGAACCUGUUUCUCAGGGCAGUUUGAAGAUGGACUUUUUCAUGGCGCUGGAGUUUUGCUCUUUACGGACGGGUCCAGGUACGAGGGAGAGUUCGCGCAUGGGAAGUUUCAAGGCCUGGGAAUCUUCAGUCGUUUCGACGGCAUGAAGUUCGAGGGAGAAUUCAAAGACGGACGCGUGGAAGGAUACGGACUGUUGACGUUCCCGCACGGAACGCAUGGCAUUCCCAGGAACGAGGGCUUGUUUCAGAACCACAAACUCCAAAGGCGAGAGAAAUGUCCAGGCGUGGUGCAGAGGGCGCAGGUGUCGGCCACCAACGCUCGCAGUGUUGCUCUUUAA